AUGGACCACGCGGCGGAGGCGCAGCGGACGGACCUGAUGACGAUCACGCGGCACGUGCUCAACGAGCAGAGCCGCCACCCGGAGUCCCGCGGCGACUUCACCAUCCUCCUCUCCCACCUCGUCCUCGGCUGCAAGUUCGUCGCCUCCGCGGUCAACAAGGCCGGCCUCGCCAAGCUCAUCGGCCUCGCCGGAGAGACCAACGUCCAGGCAAGCAAGCAAAGCACCACCACACGCUUCCACGGUGAGGAGCAAAAGAAGCUGGAUGUCCUGUCCAACGAAGUCUUUGUCAAGGCGCUCGUCAGCAGCGGCCGCACCUGUGUCCUUGUGUCUGAAGAGAACGAGGAGGCCAUCUUCGUCGACCCGGCCCUCCGCGGAAAGUACUGCGUUUGUUUCGAUCCGCUGGAUGGCUCCUCCAACAUCGACUGUGGUGUCUCCAUCGGAACAAUCUUUGGGAUUUACAUGAUCAAAGAUAAGGACAACGUGACUUUGGAGGAUGUACUGCAGCCUGGAACAAACAUGCUUGCUGCUGGCUAUUGCAUGUAUGGGAGUUCCUGCACGCUUGUAUUGAGCACUGGAAAUGGAGUCAAUGGUUUCACUCUUGAUCCUUCCCUUGGAGAGUUCAUUUUGACUCAUCCGAAUAUCAAGAUACCAAAGAAAGGGAAGAUUUAUUCAGUCAACGAAGGGAAUGCCAAAAACUGGGAUGGGCCUACAGCAAAAUUUGUGGAGAAAUGCAAAUAUCCUCAGGAUGGUUCACCGCCUAAAUCCUUGAGAUAUAUUGGAAGUAUGGUUGCUGAUGUUCAUCGUACCUUGCUAUAUGGGGGCAUAUUUUUGUACCCAGCAGACCAGAAGAGUCCAAACGGAAAACUACGUGUUCUGUAUGAAGUCUUCCCGAUGUCAUUCCUGAUGGAACAAGCUGGAGGUCAGUCUUUCACAGGAAAACAACGGGCCCUUGAACUUGCUCCCACUAAACUUCACGACAGAUCCCCAAUAUUCCUAGGGAGCUACGAUGACGUUGAGGAGAUCAAAGCACUGUACGCUUCAGAGUCAAACAAUGCUUGA